AUGGCGCGGCUCCAGGACUUCGCACCUUUCUCAGUAAUGGUCUACGACCAAACCAGAACCAUGCAUGCCUCACGUGCAGAGAUCUGGCCAUGGAUGCUCCAACUCGGCAAAGGCCGCGGAGGCUGGUACUGUCCUGCUUCGUGGGAGAAAUGGAUGCCUCAGAGCUGGCGAGCGACUCGUUCUGUCAAUCCCGCUUGGCAAGAUCUCAAGCCCGGUGAUCGUGUUGAUGAUUACGGCUUUAGUGUUGAGGACUAUUUCGAUGUGGUUGCUAUUAGUUCAGAGGAAGUGUUGAUAUAUCGGAGUGAUCGAUAUGGUGCGAGGUUUACUUGGACGCUGAUGCUACACGAGCUUGACACGGACGCUGAUGGCACACCGCGGACGCUCGUCCAUCUGAGAUUCAGAGGUCAGAUUGCAGCGACUGGUAUCAGAAAAUGGGUCGUGGUCAACGGCGGCGGGUUUUUGGACUGGAUCUUCACGUAUCCGAUGUUGCUCGGAAUGCAGGAGAGAGCUGAAAGACCGCACGUGCAGUGA